GCGCGGGGCAUUGUGGGGGAUGGCGGCGGCGGUUGUAGCCGCGCUGAGCCGACACCUCACGGGCGCCCUACGGGUGUCGGCGGCGCUGCGGGCCCUGCCCAGCCCCAGCCCGGCCCUGAGCCCGCUGCCAGGGAGCCGCCCGCAGGGAGCGCGCAGGGGGCUGCACGCCACGGCGUGCCGAAAGGGGCUGGGAGAGUUUUUUGACGACGAGAAAAACUGGGGAGAAACAACAGUCAAAUCCGGUGAUGCUUGGAAAAUAACACUUCUAAGAGGCAAGAGUAACGAAGACUUGCACAAACUUUGGUAUGUCCUGCUGAAAGAGAAAAACAUGCUUUUAACUUUACAGCAAGAAGCAAAACGACAAAGAUUACCCAUGCCAAGUCCAGAGCGGUUAGAAAAGGUAGAAACUUCCAUGAAAAGAUUAGACGAAGUUGUUGAAGAAAGAGAAACUGCUCUACGGCUUUUACAAACUGGUCAGGAAAAAAGCAAACCUGGGGAAUGGAGACAGGACUUCUUAGGACGUACCAACUGGUACACUCUUAGGGAGUGGCCCAUACCUUGGUACUUAAACAAAAGACACAAAAGGAAGAGAUUCUUCUACACAUCGAAUGUGAAGCAUUUUAUCAGACUGAGAAUUGAAAAAGCAUUGCGACAAAAGGCAAGGAUGAAUGCCUUAGAAAGAAAGAAGCAGAAGCUUUUACAAAAGAAAUUCCCUCAUCUGGCUGCAAAGACACAGAGUUAACAACAUCCUGGAGGGCUUAUGCAAGUAACUAUGACUGUAGGAAUCUACACUGUUUCAUGUGACCUGAUAUAUUAUACAUUUUCUAUAACCAGUAUAUAUCAUGGUGGAGUGCUCAAAGUGGUGUUGGUUUUUUGUUUGUUUUGUUGGGUUUUUUUUUUUUUUACUGUGGAGCAGAGACUAAGCCAAAAACCUCGCUCCUUAACCUAAAAUUAAAUCCUGAUCUGGUCAGGUGACCUUCACAAAACUUUUAAAAUAUGUGACUCAACGCAGCUUGACUCUAAAAUAAUAUAUUACUUGUUUCUAGGAAACUUAUUUCAACAUUAGUUCUUCUAAAAUUGAACUGUUCCUGCUUAUUCAUCAGCACAUGGGCAAAUGACAGCCAGACCGUAGUCUACAAUUGCCUACAGUGUAUACUUGUCUGUGUUAGCUUUCAAAAAGACGCAUCUCAAUUUAGUUUCUCGCUCUUAACAGUAUCUCUUCACAUUAAAACAAAGAUCCGUUCCUAUUUAAGCUACUGGCUCUACUUUGUCACUCCUGCUCAUAACCAUAACCAUAAAUACCACUUUGCCAGCUAAGAUCUACAAAGAGAAGACAUUUUGCAGAAACAGUCACUGUUCUACACCAGGAACAUUUCACACUAACUGUGUACAUUUAUAGAACAAAAACAUGAAAUAUAUCAAUUUAAGAACGUUAAUGUUUAGGUAGUCCCAAUAAGUUUGUGUAAGAUGAAUGUAGAUAGCUUUUUCCCCACUGACAAAAGGCAGCCUUUCCAUGCAAUUGCUAAAUGAUGGUUUUGCUUAGCUAGAACUGGUGCAGAGUUCCAAUAUUGAUACAUACUGGAUAGAGGUGCACUGAUAUAUCAGAUGGGCACCAGUAACAGGAAAAUUAACAUUAUUGGCAAUUGGCUUUUUGGGCAUUAAUGUUACCAAUAAAUGCCACGUGCAAGCACAUAGCUGCAUUGUGUAUGCAGCCAGGAAUGCAGCAUCCUGCUGGGAAGUCUGAGGUCCCCACAGCGAGGGAAGGAGUGAGGGUAGAGCUGGGGUAGUGGUAAGGAGGGGAGGUAGGUUUGUGUGCACCCCCAGGGGGAGGCAAGGGGGCAUGUACACCCUCAGAUUUGUGCACAGGGUGAGGACAGCGUGCCCACCGUGGUGGGGGGGCUGGGCCUGGGCUGUGCUUCAGGUGGGCAGGGGAGGUGCAGGCUCAGCUGUGCUGGGUGGGUGGUGGUAGCAGGCUUGGGGGGGCUAUGGCCACCCCAAGAUUCCCUGUAGCCUCACUGUAGUCACCCCUUCCAGCAGCCCUGCUGCCCACUCAGAAGUGGACAACCCACCCUCACCCCACACAUUGGGGGGAAGGUACAUGGCCCCCUCAUGCUUCCUCUGGGGGUACGCACAGUGGCAGAGCGCCACAUGCUCCCUCCUUCUCCCCUCCCCCCUGCCGACCUGCUUGUGGCUUCAUCCCACUCCCAUCUCAGGGGUCCUAUUCACCACUCUGCCUGGGUGGCCCUGCCCCACUCCCUCCCUCACCAUGGGAGUCUCAAUCUGCAUCCCCGCCUGCCAAUUUACCAGCAAGAUGCUGCUCUCCAAGCUGCUGGACUGCAUUCCUGUAAAUCUGCUCCAAUGUGGCUGGUUAAUAAUCGGCUAUUGGUAUCAACCAAGAAAAUCUUUAUUGGUGCACCCCUGCUGAAUGCAUCUACUACCCCAAAGAACCAAAUUUUGUAGCACCAAACACUCUGUAAUUUGAGCAGACUAAGCUCAUCUAGGUAAUUAUAAGAACCCUAAAAUCCAUUAAAAAUAAUUAUGUGAUUGAUUAUAUUUAAGUUACCUUUGGACUUCUAGAGUGUGUACCUAAGAAAUAAAGAUUGAGGAUGCAGUUUAAAGCGCUAGCCCUCUGGAAGUAACAGUUUUGACAGCUAAGAAAGAUGGCUAGAUUCAGCCCUCCCUCAGUAGCUAGCAACACUGAAUUGAGUGAGUAGUUCCAGACAGCGGUUGUAUAAGAGAGUUCAUUUCCAUUUGGGCAAAACUUUUACCAAACAAAACAGAAAGAAAGCUUAUUCAUCCUCAACUCCAGGAUCAUUUCAUGGCAUACGAGAGGUGAGAAAUAUGAACACCCACUCAUUGAAACUUCUUGCAUUUAAGUGGAGGUGGCUUAGAAUUUAAAGCAGAAUCAUUGUGUACAUAAAGACUGUAGCCUUCCAGGAAACAAGCAACUAUACUUAAAAGGACCACCUACAAAGCAGUCUAUAAAGGGGACAGAAUCAAACUGGAAUCAAGUAACUAAGAAAAUACUCUGUAACACAAAGAACAAACAACAACAACAUCUCAUCAAAGUAGAUAAGAAAUCUUAAUAGAAAAGAUAGCAGGGCAAAACUCUCAAGCAAAUUACUGUAGUCAUACUGUGGUUUUCUUGUUUUAAGAAAAAUUUAUCUGCAUUGUGAUCCUCCCUCACUAUAACUAAAAGGUUGUAAACAUUAACAACUGAAAUUAAGACCUCUAGUCUGCAUCCUAAUACUUCCUACCAUAAAGUCAAGGAGAGGGAACAAACAUCUUAAUUUUUUCCUUGUCCUUCGCCAAGCUGCAAGACAUAAUUUCUAAUAUUUAAUUGAUGGCAAACAUACAGAAGGUUGAAAUAAAGUUGUUUCUUUCCGGCUUAUUAAAUUGAUUCUGACAUAGUAAA